UGCGAAAAGCCUCAGCCGCCGCGCUAAUUAAUAGUGGUAGAAGACAGGAAGAGGGCGGAGUCGAGAGGAAGCCAUCGGUCGGCCUAUCCCCCUUCUUUCGACGCCUUCUUCCUCUCUCGUCCGGUUCUCAUCAUUACUGGGAAGAAGUGGUAUUGACUAUUUGCUCAAGUGUGCAAGAAAUUUCUGCAUAAGAUGCACUUCCUUGCAUCAUUUCAUGGAUAUUCAGGCUUCAAGUCAUAUUUGUAUCAUAUCAAAUGGACUGCAAAAAGUUCUUGCAAUUGGUUGAAGAGAAGAAGAAGAAAAUUCUGGAGAAGAAAGAGGGCCCCUUGAAAUGGGAGCAGAGGCUGGAAGCUGCAUCCAAGGCAAAAGCUGAUGCAGAAGCAAAAAAAAGGAAAUUGAAGGCAUCAAGACACAAGAAAAGGACCCAUUCUGGAUCAGAUUAUGACAGCGAUUCUGACAGCAGCGAUUCUGAAAGGAAGUACAGAAAGAAGAGAAUUCACAAGAAGCACCGGAAACAUGACCAGUCUGACUCGGAAGAUGGAGGAAAAAGGAAACACAGAUCUACGAAAAGAAGCUCAAGCUCCAGUGAUCAUGAUAGCAAUGAUGACGAUGAUGCAGGCCGGAAGAGGCACACUUAUGGGAGGAAGUAUAGAUGUUCAUCCGGAACGGACUCUAGCAGCUCACCUUCAAGCAUUGAAGACGACGAAAAGAAAGCUAACCGAAAGAGUCACUCUAGGCGCCAUAAGCACCAUCACAGGUCAGGUGAUGAAGAUUCUACUUCAGACUCUCAAGCAAGGAGAAGACACUCAAAGCACAAGCACCAUCUCAGGUUGAGUGAAGAUGAUUUGCCCGGUUACGAUGAUCACAAGCAUAAUAGGAUCUCCUCCCAGGGCAAAUCAUCAGGGGAAGAGUACGAAACAGGGAAGCCAAGAGAUGCCAAGAAGUCUCAUCAUAAGCAUGGGCACCUCCAUCACAACCCCCAGAAACACAAUCAUCAUCGCUGCUCGGUGGAGCCAGAUGUAGAGCUUGGAAAGCAUGAGAGCAAAACUUCUGCUGAUGGAACUAGCAGUAACUAAAAGUCUGGAGGAAGCAUCUGUUGAAUCUUAAUCCCAUGCUAAAUCAAUCUUCUUUAAGUUGUGAUUGCCAUGGGCUAGCCUAUUUUAUUAGUUCUGAUUGAUUUGGACACUACGGAAUGAUUCUCCGCAUGAUUCUGACAUUUCUGCAUCGCCAAAAUCCCUAGUCUUUGCUAAUGAAAGUUCUUGUACGAGCUUGAAAAGUGCCUUCUUGUUGUUGCCGUUGA